AUGCGAACACGCAUCAAGGAGGUUCUGGGGGUCGAUUGGUUCGAUGGUGCUGUAAUGAAUUGCACCUGGGAAGGCCCCCGAGUUCGAGACAUCUUGCUCGCUGCAGGAGUUGAAGAAGACCAGGUAGUGCAUGAUGGUGUAUCACCAAUGCAUGUACAUUUCGCCAAUUAUGGUGGGAAGACUCAACAGGACGAGUGGUACGGCGGCAGCAUACCGUUUGAUCGAGCCAUGGAUCCCGAUAUGGAUGUCAUCCUGGCUGUCAAGAUGAACGGACAGCCCUUGCCUGCUCGACAUGGCUUCCCGGUUCGGUCGGUGGUUCCAGGCGUGCUUGGGGCUCGUUCUGUCAAAUGGCUCGACCGAAUUUCCCUGUCCGACAAGGAAUCGCCCUGUUUUUAUCAGCAGCGUGACUACAAAGUCCUACCGCCAGAAGCAGUCGACACGGCCACUGCGGAGAAAUAUUGGAGCCUCUGUCCUUCAAUGCUGGAUAUGCCCAUUAAUUCUUGUGUUGCCCAUCCAACUUCCGAAUCGACCAUUGCGCUUCCCUCCAGUGGAAUGAUUGAGGUUCUUGGAUAUGCGGUGCCACAGGGUCAUCAUGGUCCAGUGAUAAGAGUUCAGGUUUCGGGUGAUGAGGGCAAGACGUGGGUGGACGCACAACUUGAAGAUGGUGGCGAGGCUAGGAGCCGAUGGACCUGGGUUCUGUGGAACGCAAAAAUCAAGAUGGAGAGAGGUAAAGGAAAGAAGAUUUUUGUGAAGGCGACUGACGCUGGAGGGAAUUCACAGACACAGGAGAGAUCGACCUGGAAUCUUCGUGGAGUUGGGUAUAACGGGUACGAGGCUGCAUUUGAUCUCACGGUGAUCUAG